AUGAGUCCGUUAUCAGCAAAGCGGCGCAAGCUGGACCAUACUUCAACAUCUCUCGAUGACAGCGAGUCAGAAGCCAAUGAACCGCAAUCAACUCCCAACAUCUCGGAAGAAGCUCCAGCACCACCCCGGCCGAGACACACGAAGCGGACUCACGAUGACGAUGAUGCGGCUUUGUAUGCUGGAGGGAUCUACAAGUCCAGCUUGUUCAAACUGCAAGUUGACGAGUUAUUGCGUGAAGUAGCGCCAAACUACGCGAAGCGGUUCGGCGGAUUAACAGAGGCUUUGCACAAACUAAAGGGCUUGAUUGAAGGUAUUGAAGAACGCGAUGCUCUCUCUAUUUCAGACGCCACUGAGUGGCUGCACAAAUCACACAAAAUUGCUGUCCCUUUUCCGGAUCCAAAGCCUGACAAGAACGCUGCAUACAAGUUGACGUAUACAAGACCAUCAAACAUAAAUGUCAUUGGUAGCUACGUUCUCAGGACAAUGGUGAAGUCAGACAGCACCUUGUCUGUAGAUAUGCUUGUGGUGAUGCCGGCGUCAAUUUUUCAGGAGAAAGACUACCUGAACUAUCGAUAUUUCUAUAAAAGAGCCUAUUACCUAGCUUGCAUUACUGCCGGGCUACAGCAAUCUGUUCAAGAAGAAUUUGGUCUUGCUUUUGAGUUUCUUCAUGGAAACGAGCUUCAUCCAAUUUUGAUUUUGAAGCCCAAGUCUGACGCAACAAAGCCAGUGCUAAAUUACGCUAUCAAAAUAAUUCCUGCUGCCCCUCAAGGAAUCUUUGCGGCAUCCAAGCUGCAUCCAACCAAAAAUUCCGUACGACCAAAAGAUAGUGCUGAACAUGAACGCGCAGUUCAGGUGCCCACUCCGUUCUACAAUGCCUCGAUACAAUCAGACUGCAAUUUUGAAUCUUAUCUGAAGCUUCUUCAUUCCGCCUUGAAGUCAUCAGACGGAUUCAAGGAUGCGUGUAUUCUUGGCAGAAGUUGGCUUCGACAACGCGGGUUUGCUAGCCAAAUUUCCACCGGAGGCUUUGGGCAUUUCGAAUGGGCCGCCUUGACAGCAUUACUGCUCAAAGGCGGAGGUGCUAAAGACCAUAGUGUCCUCUCACCGGGGUAUAGUAGCUAUCAGAUGUUCAAAGCCGUUCUGCAAUUUCUCUCGGCGCACGAUCUAGUAGCCAAUCCGGUCGCUUACGAAUCAAUAGACUAUGUUGCUUCUAGGCCUCCUGGUCCAGUGCUCUUCGACGGCCAUCGUGGCCAGAAUCUGCUUUAUAAGAUGACCUCCUGGUCAUAUCAUCUCCUCCGAGAAGAAGCUAGAGCAUCUUUGAGUAUGCUCAAUGACGCAACAUUUGACCAAUUCGAGUCGACAUUCAUCGUCCGAACAUCCCGGCCCUUGCAACGAUGGGAUUGCAUAUUCAAACUUUCUCUCCCAUCUCAACCUAUUAGGACGCCUUCCUGCGACCACAUGUCAAGUGUCGCAGAAUUUAGCCUUCGUGUUGCUGAAGUUCUUGCAGAAGGCUUGACGGACAGAAUUAAGAUUUUUGACAUUAAAGGACCAGAAACGACUUCGUGGUCAAUCAAAUCAGCUGCGCCAUCCACAGUACAGCCGUCAUUGAUGGUUUCCGUGAGUUUUGACCCAGCGAAUAUUGAUCGAUUGGUCGAUCACGGGCCACCGGCAGAGGAGAAGAAAAAAGCCGCAAAGUUCCAGAAGUUCUGGGGGGAGAAGGCAGAGUUGCGUCGAUUCAAAGAUGGAAGCAUCCUGGAGAGCUUGGUCUGGUCAUCCGGCUCGAGUUAUUCCAUCUUCCAGAGUAUCACGACCUAUCUCGUGAAACGACACUUUGGUCCUGAGGUUGCCGGCAGCCUUAAAUUUAUUGGAGAGGGAUUCGAGCGCCUUCUCCUUGGCUCUGGACCUAGCACAAAGUCCUUCGAAACUCUUAGACAAUCUUUCAGUGCGUUUGAGAAGCAAGUAAGAGAUCUCGAAGGUCUUCCCUUGCAAUUAAGGCAUCUCUCGCCUGUGUGUGCUCAGCUCAGAUAUUCGUCCAUCGAGCUACCCUCAUUCAGCUCAGGUCAGCCGCUUAGAAAUCCCGCCGAUGUCUUGAUACAAUUCGAAGGAUCGGGGAGGUGGCCAGAUGAUGUGGUUGCAAUUCAGCGUACAAAGAUUGCAUUUCUGCUCAAAAUUGGCAGUCUGCUAGAAGAAGUUGAUGAAAGUACCACGACACGACUUGGCCUGGAGAAUGAAGACAAACCUCACCAGAAUUGUGCCUUUCUGCAUGUGAUCUACGGCUCCGGUGCCGCAUUCAGACUUCGAAUUCACAACGAUCGCGAGCAGAUCCUGCUUGAGCGACAGAUUAAAGAUAAAUCUACCGACCAUCGGGUCCGGGAGGACGCUGCCUCAGCGUUAUCAGUGUAUAAGAGAUCAUUCCUACAACUGCCUCUGCACACACAAUCCAUCGCUACCCAUUGCACCCGGUUCCCGCUUUUGUCGCCGACUAUUCGCCUUAUGAAGAUGUGGUUCGACCGACACAUGCUGGCGGGACAUAUCAGAGACGAGGUCAUUGAGCUUUUGGUGGCUCGUACUUUCAUGCAGCCAUAUCCUUGGCGUACACCAUCAUCUACAAUGACCGGUUUCUUGAGAACGCUAUUGUUCAUAUCUAGAUGGGAUUGGCGCGUGGAGCCCUUGAUUGUGGAUUUCACGGGGACUAUGACAAGCAAAGACGUCGACUCGAUCAACACUCGACUCGAGGCUUGGAGAAAAAUCGAUCCAGCCAUGAAUCGAACGGUCUUAUUUGCCGCUUCCAAUCAUGAUAAAACCGGCACGGCGUUUACUGAUAACGGACCCUCAAAAUUGGUUGCUUCGCGUAUGACAUCACUGGCUCGGUCUGCAUGCAAGUUGGUUAAAGAAAAGGACUUGGAGCUGGACCCAAGAUCGUUGUUCGUCGCUUCCACAGCUGACUACGACUUUGUGAUCCAUCUGUCCCCUCACUUUGCUGGCAACCACCAGCAAAAAGAAGCAUCAAAACCUAAGUACAAGAACCUUGAGAUGCAUUCAGAGGCAACUUUGGAUAUUGUAGGAUAUCAACCAGUCCACUCGUACAUUGACGAGCUGAAGAAGGUUUACACAAACACAGUGGUUUUUUUUCAUGUUGAACUUCCCGGCUCAGUCAUUGCCGGUUUGUGGAAUCCCCAAGCAGUAGCUCCCCGACCUCUGAAAGUCAAUUUGGCGUACUCAACCACGCCGGCAGGCGUCGCGGGCGAGGAGAAUGAGGGAGUGAUUCAACUUGACAAGUCUGCAAUCCUAGCAGAAAUCGCAAGGUUGGGAGGAGAUAUGGUGUCCGAGAUUGUAGUGCAUCGAUGA